AACAUGGUUAUCUUUAUCAGACAGAUAUCACUUUUGCAAAGUGACACAAUACUACGCACCAGAGACGUAUUCAGUCAAUUGAAUAGACAAUACGUGGUGGCAAUUUGAGGAGGCCCCAGCUGUCCCUGUGUGUCAGUGUAUGCUCAAUAGGCUUGUACGUAUGUCGUGUACACAACAUAUACUGGAGCUUGCUACCCGGAAGCACAUCGGAAAUAUGUCGACAACGACUGGUAGAAUCACUGAAUAUUACAAGGCAGUCAGGACAAUUUACGUUUUGGGAAUAGCAUUCAAUGGUGUAGCCUCCCAGUUGUCCUCCAGCCCUGUGGUAGUGAGGGAGUCUCAGACAGCCAGCUUCAGGUGGCAGGUGUCAGCUGUAACAGAUGGUUCCACUGUAAAUACCAUAUAUGUCAUCAGUCCAUCCAGAACUACAGUACUACUGGCCGGCACAGUUAACAAUAGCCACCUGACUGCACCUGACUACACAGCUCGUGUGACCUACACCGGGAAUCUAGCUGCUAACCCCAGGAUCAUGGCCUUUGACCUCCGCAGUGUUGUCAGUUCUGAUGCUGGGGACUACGUCUGUGGGAAGAAUGGACCAUCUGUCAUCAUACCACAGUGUGGACAGAAGCUGGUUGUUCCUGGUCAACCCACCAAACCAACACUCAAUGGAUCAUCAGCCCCUGUGUUUGGGAAGCAGUUCACCUUGACCUGUAGCUCCUCCUCUACCACUGCCCCAGCUGACCAUGGACUGACCUUGACCUACACCUGGCAGCGCGACAACACUGACAUCACAGUUACCUCCCCUGGUUCUCCCUUCACCUUCACAGUGAGUUCCCGAGACAGUCACUACAGAUGUAAGGCAACAGAAGACCAGGGUCUGGAGUCAGAGUGGAGCCAGCUGUACAACAUGGAGCCACAGUACGGGCCCUACCAGAUCUCCCUGACCCCCUCCACCUCCUCCUACACUGUGACAGAACACCAGGCUCUUCCAUCAAUCACGUGCUCCGCCCUCUGUAGACCAGGAUGUAGCUACAGGUGGUUUCACAAUGGAACAACUGUCAGCAGUGGAACCACUCUGAGUCUAGGACAAGCUGACAGAUCUAAGACAGGCUCCUACAGAUGUCAGCCUAAUAAUACACACGGGAGUAGUGACAGUGUCACAGUCAGUGUUGAUGUUCAGUACCCCGUGACUAUAAUCAUGUUCACCGCCAACUCACUCAGCAGGUCACUGACAGUUAACGAGUCUGACACAGUGACGUUACGAUGCCAGACUGAUAGUAAUCCAAGGUCAGUCAUCAGGAUACUGAAUGGAACUGAGGAGUUGACAAGGGCAGAUAACUCCCUGAGAGCAGAAUAUAGACUGGAGUCAGCAGACUGUAGACAAAGAGGGAACUACUCCUGUACUGCCAGUAACAACAUCGGGACACCUGUCAGCCAAGGGGUGGAGUUGCUGGUCAAAUGUUCCCCUCGACUAGAUGAGACAGUUGCCCAGCAACUCAAGUACGCCUCUAGACUGGGUGGUAACGUGAACCUGUCUGUGUCAGUCCUGGCCUACCCCCUUCCUACAUUCACCUGGAGUAGAACCACCAGCACCAGCCAGGACCUCACUGGUUCCUCCAGCCCUGUCCCAGACAUCUCAGUCACUGCCAGACUACACCUUACUAACCUCAAACAGCAGGACUUCGGGGACUACAGUCUGACAGCUAACAAUGGUGAAAGCAGUUCAGUGACAUUCAGCAUAGUGUCUGAAGGACCACCACAGAUACCUACACAGUUUAGAGACCUUGACAAUGCAACAACGUCGUCGGUAUGGUUAUCAUGGCUGCCUGGUUUCAAUGGUGGACACCCUCAGACGUUUCUGCUUGAGUAUCGUCAGUUUGCUACAAGAACUUGGACUGUCUACAAGAGUUAUGCAGACACCGGCAAGAUGAUGGUGGUGGAAGUGACUGGGCUUACACCAGGAGAUAUUCACAUAUUCCGACUACAUGCUAGAAAUGACUAUGUGGAUUCUAACAGAUAUGUAUUUGUAGAAACUAGGACUGCUGGAGAUCCACCAAAUCAGCAAAAACUAGAAACUCCAUGUUCCUGUACCGGGCUAAUAGCAGGAACCACAGUAGGGGGCAUUCUUCUCACCUUGCUCAUCGGGGGAAUUGUUCUGAUGGUACUGUACAGAAAGGGAUACAAGUUCGGUCAUACUCCGAAAGAAACUGCAUCACGAAAAAGCACCAGGAAUCCUGAAACUGUAGAAAUGGACAACAGAGGGUAUUCAUCAUUAGAUCAGAUAAAUGGUCCUGCCCAGUAUUCAAAUUUGGAGGAAUCAGAAAAAAAACAGUAUUCACAGUUGAAGAUUUAUGAGAAUACAAAAGCGGAUGCUGCAGCAGAUACAAGUACCUAUGAAGGCAUGACAGAGACUCCCCCUGUGACCUAUGAGUCCAUCAGCGCAUCUCCAUACCAGAACACUGGAGCACAUUCUCAAGGUCCUGACCAUGGCAAUAAGUAACGAAGAAGGAAGACAACAUCAUAUCAGAUCCAGCUACAGACCAAGGGACACGUGCAGCAUGUUAUAAUCUUUUCCUUAAAGUCAAAACAUCGUGAGACCAGUGAAGACCCGGUUUAGAAUAGAUCUUCAGCAACCCAUGGUCGCCGUAAAAGGUGACUUUCCAUUGUGGCUGAGGUAUGUCAUCGUAUCCCCAAUUGCGUAGAUAGAUGCUCAUUAUGUCAAUCACUCGACUGUCUGGUCAAGACUCGAUUAUUUCUAGACCAUCGUUAUAUAGCUGGAACAUUGCUGAGUGUGGCGCUUAACAAUAAUUCAACACCAAAAAAUACUUUAUUACUUACUGCACUUUUUCAUUACUUCGCUUGAUGUUAGCUCGAUGAAAGCACAGUUACAGACACCAAACAUGGACCAAGGCGAGUAGGUUAAAGAAGCUCAGUCAAAUGUUGGUUAUGCUCAUGUCUAUUGAUGUAUCGCCUUUAUACUUGUAACUGAAUAUUUCACAUAGCAAAUAAAUAUAUGUUAACAAUAAAAAACAAAAAA